GUUCUUGCAGACGCACUAGACUCCGAGAGUGGUGGUCUUCGACAGAGCGAGCUUUGGGCUGAAGCAAAUAUUUUCCUAGUCGUAGCUGGAGAUACCGCAAAAACAGCACUCACUGUUGUUUUCUUCUAUCUAUCACGUAAUGACGGCUGCUACAAGAAACUAGCGCAUGAGAUCCGAUCCACCUUUGCAGUUGGGAGCGAGAUCCGGGGUCCGGCUUUGGCAACUUGUCAUUACCUCCGGGCCUGCAUUGAUGAAGCUCUACGAAUGUCCCCCCCUGCCGCUGGUGAUCAACCUUUCAUUGUCGACGGGCAUGCAAUCCCUCAGAGUACUGCAGUGGGCGUGAACAUCUAUUCAAUCCACCACAACGCGGAGUACUUCCCCGAUUCAUUCACCUAAAAACCUGAAAGGUGGUUAGACAGUGCCACAACACCAGAAAAAAAAAAUAUCAUGCGUGGCGCCUUUGUCCCAUUUUCGGUCGGUCCACGAGGAUGCACAGGUCAGGCUAUGGUAUACUCAGAAAUUUCCAUUACAGUUGCUAAAACGCUGUGGUAUUUCGACUUCAGACGCGCGACGGGUAGCCUCGGCGAAAUAGGGGCUGGAUCACCAGGGGCAGGUCAGGGGAGAGAACAGCGAGGGGAGUUCCAAUUAUUUGAUAACUUCACGGCAAGUCACGAUGGACCCUGCCUGGUAUUUAAGUGUCGGGAGAAUAUCUAUGAGGAUUUGGAUAACAUAAAGUUCAACGAGGGCUGAAGACUAAAGUAAAUGGUUGUUAAUGGACAUUAAAUUUCAACACGCCGUAUAGAUACGUAUAGAUACGUACAUAGG